ACAACAAGGUAGCUCUUUGAUCUAUCUUCAACCAUAUACCAACAUGUGUAUCUGCAUCAGGUGCGGAUGCUUUAGCUGUAAAGAUUCAAGCGAGGAAGAGAAGAAGGAAGAAGACUGUGUUGACAUGACCCUGGCCAUCUUUCUGCCUCCAGCUGGGAUAUAUAAAAAGGAAGGCUGCACGGCCAAAUUCUGGGCAAAUGUAGUCCUGACGAUAGCAGGAUAUGUGCCAGGAAGCAUCCAUGCUGCCAUCGUCGUAUCAUCGAAAUGAACAUUGUGGCAUCGAAUUUAGAUAUUGUCGUUAAUUGUAUUACUACGUACUCAUUUCAGUUGUCAAAAAAUUAUGUAGUACCACUUAAGAAGGAUUUCCUUCAAAAAAUAAUUGGAUUGCCUUCUCCUUCUAAGAGACAGAAAUGAAAGGAACCAAAUUCCUUAUCUCAAACUGCAAAGUACAAAAAGGUAAUUGGAA